CCUUGUUCUUCCUUGGUCAUUGGGGACUUGGCGGACAAAGAAUGUUAGAAAUUGGAUUGGAGGAGACCACCCUGUAAACUUUGUUCUUUGUUUAAACGACGAAGAAGACGAAGACUACCUUCUCCUUCUCACGCAAACCCUAGAUUACUGUUUCUUCUCUUUUCUUUUUUCACGUUUACUUUGACGCGAAUCAGAUUUUGCCUUUUGUACAAUCUCUCAACCCCCAGAGAUAUUUUCUUUCUGGAUUUGAAUUUAUCAGGGUAUUGGAGUGCUACAGAUUUUUCACUGGUAGAGGUUAUAGCUUGAGAUAAUAUGACGACACAGAAACAGCAGCAGCAACAACACAUUGUGAUAUUUACCACAGCUAGUAUUCCAUGGCUGACGGGAACUGCUGUUAAUCCUCUCUUCCGUGCUGCCUACCUCGCAAAUGACGGGGAUAGACGAGUCACUUUGGUCAUUCCAUGGCUGACUGUUAAGCACCAAAAGCUUGUCUACCCAAAUAACAUCACUUUUAGUUCCCCAUUAGAGCAUGAAGCCUAUGUCCGUCACUGGCUUGAAGAAAGACUCUCAUUUCCUUUAGGCUUUGAGAUACGUUUCUAUCCAGGAAAGUUUGCAACGGAUAAAAGAAGUAUUCUUCCUGUUGGGGAUAUAUCUAACGCCAUUCCUGAUGAAGAGGCAGACAUUGCUGUCCUGGAGGAGCCUGAGCAUCUCACAUGGUUUCACCAUGGAAAAAAAUGGAAAACAAAGUUCAACUACGUCAUAGGGAUCGUACACACAAACUACUUGGAAUACGUUAAAAGAGAGAAACAAGGUCGUGUCAAAGCUUUUCUCCUCAAGUACUUAAAUAGUUGGGUUGUUGGCAUUUACUGCCACAAGGUAAUCAGAUUAUCCGCUGCGACUCAAGAUUACCCUAAUUCUGUAGUCUGCAAUGUUCAUGGUGUAAACCCUAAAUUCCUUGAGAUUGGUCUGAGAAAACUAGAACAGCAGAAGCUCCAGGAACAGCCCUUCACUAAAGGCGCAUACUACAUUGGUAAGAUGGUCUGGAGCAAAGGAUACAAGGAGCUUCUUACACUACUUGAGAAACACCAAAAGGAACUCGCUGAGUUAGAGGUUGAUUUAUACGGUGAUGGAGAGGACUCUGAAGAGAUCAAAGAAGCAGCCCGAAAACUCGACUUGAUGGUUAAUGUAUACCCAGGACGUGAUCACGCCGACUCACUAUUUCACAACUAUAAAGUGUUUCUUAACCCGAGCACGACAGAUGUUGUCUGCACAACAACUGCAGAAGCCUUGGCUAUGGGAAAAAUUGUAGUGUGCGCAAAUCACAUAUCGAAUGAGUUCUUCAAACAGUUUCCCAACUGCAGAGCCUAUGACGAUGGAAACGGUUUUGUUAGAGCCACACUCAAGGCUCUUGGGGAGCAACCAUCGCAACUAACAGAGCAACAGAGGCAUGAACUAUCAUGGGAAGCUGCUACACAUCGGUUUAUAAAGGCCUCCGAUCUGAGCCGGUUAUCAAGAGCUGAUUCGAGCUUAUCAAAGAGAAGUGUGUUUGCGUCGUCGUCGUUUAGUGUGGGGAAAAACUUGGAGGACAUGUCUGCGUAUAUUCAUUUCCUGGCGUCCGGAUUUGAAACUUCAAGAAGAGCUUUUGGUGCUAUCCCUGGAAGCUUGCAGCCUGAUGAAGAGUUGUGCAGAGAUCUUGGCUUGUCUCCUAUGACUCCUUCCCCAAAUAGUCUCAAGGAAGAUUAACCAUUGACUCUUGUGAACAUGUAAAUCAUAAUGUGUUUUUAUUUUCUAUAUUUCCUGCCUGCGGAUUCCAGGCGUUGUUUUGGGUGCAUAAUCAAUGUACUUAUUUGAAUCAUUCUAAAGGUUUGUAAUGUUGAUUGUUUACAUUAAAAUGAAAAUUAGAUUUGUACA